AUGAGGAUGGAAGAAAAUGCAGCAGCUUUACAUACUAUAGUGAAUUCAGUACAAGCUCUAGGUAAAGGAUUUGAUGUCAACUUUGAUACUAGAUUACUCUACUGUAAAGGGGUUGCAGGGUCUAGAAUUAUUGAGCUUGAUGAAGAACAUACAAGAGAUCUAUUGGUUUGUGAUGGUAUGGUUGUUAAUAAUGUUUCUAGAGAUAUUAGAUGCUCUCAGGAAAGGAUUCAGCGUGAAAGCUCUGGUGUUUGCAAUUAUUUUGAGAUGGUGGAGUACUUCAAUAAAAAGGCUAAUCUAUCAGGAAACGUGCCCAUUGGACGCUUUAAUUCAGCAUUUAGCUUUACUGGCUCAAAGCAAAUUGAUGCUGCAACUACUAAAAGUCUUGCCGUGGAUGGGUAUUUUGUUCCACUCUACAAGAUUCAACUCUCAAAUUCUGCUUUUGGUCUGCAAGAAAAUGUCAAGAGGGCCAUCCCGUCAUUCUGGGAUCCCUCAUCCUUAGCAAGCUUCAUUGAGAACUACGGAACUCAUAUUAUUACUUCUAUAACAAUUGGGGGUAAAGAUGUAAUUUACGUCAAGCAACACUGUUCAUCACCUUUAUCCACCAUGGAGAUAAAGAACUAUGUGCAGGAUAUUGGAGACCAAAGGUUCUCUGAUACAGACAGCCGUACUUCAGGUCCCAUGAAAUUUAAGGAUAAGGUUGUCGAUCCUGCUUUAUUUAACAGUCAAGGAAUAUACCCUCAACCUUCUAAUGCCCCCUACCUUACAGGGAAAGAAGAUGUUACAGUCAUUUUUAGACGGAGGGGAGGGGACGAUCUAGUCCAGAGCCACUUCCAGUGGGUCAGAACUGUUAGGGCUUCCCCAGAUGUUAUAGAAAUGACCUUCAUCUCCAUUACAUCUCUCCUCGAUGGAUUACGUGGAAAGGACUAUCUAGCUCGUGCAAUCGAUUUAUACCUCGAGUACAAGCCCCCAAUCGAAGAAUUACGAUACUUUUUGGAGUUUCAAAUCCCUCGAGCGUGGGCGCCACCGCAGGACAAGCAUCCUGGUCACCGAAAAAAAGAACCUGUUUGUCCUUAUCUGCAGUUCAGUAUGAUGGGUCAAAAGCUUUACAUCAGCCAAGAGCAGGUAUCAGUUGGCCGUAAACCAGUAACGGGCUUAAAGUUAAUUCUAGGAGGGGUCAAACAGAACCAGCUCAGUGUUCAGCUUCAACACUUGGUAUCUCUUCCGAAGAUCCUUCAACCAUUUUGGGACACCCAUGUAGCAAUCGGUGCACCUAAAUGGCAGGGACCCGAGGAGCAAGAUAGUCGAUGGUUCGAGCCAGUUAAAUGGAAGAACUUCUCACAUGUUAGCACUGCUCCAAUUGAGAGCAACGAGACCUUUAUAGGUGACCUUUGUGGUGUUUACAUCGUUACAGGCGCUCAACUCGGAGUGUGGGACUUUGGGACGAGGAACGUGUUGUACAUGAAGCUCUUGUUUUCUAGGCUUCCUGGCUGCACCAUACGAAGAUCAGUUUGGGACCAUACCCCUGUUGGUCAAAAUGAAAAGUCAAAGAAAUCUACGAAUACAAGUAAUAGUUGUACCAGCUCUGGCAACCCAAGUUCAAGUUCGAGAGAUGUGUCGGGUAAUAAAUUGGUUAAGUUUGUAGAUGCAUCAGAGAUGUGCAAAGGGCCAGAAGAUUCACCGGGCCAUUGGUUGGUAACAGGUGGAAAACUUGGAGUUGAGAAAGGGAAGAUUGUUUUGAGAGUGAAAUAUUCUGUACUAAAUUACUGAAUUCUCAGUUUUUCAAGAUGGGUUCCCAUUUCCAAGAUGUGCAGUAGUAGCAUUAGCCGUCAUGUACAAUUGGGUAUGGUGAUAUUGCACCAUUGACACCUGCAACAAAAAUCUUUGCUUGUGUUUUUGUGUUAGUGGGGUUUGGAUUUAUAGAUAUAUUGCUAAGUGGGGUGCUGAAUUAUGCAUUAGAUUUGCAAGAAACUUUGAUUUUGGCAAAUAGUCGUGUGGAUAUGGGUAGCAAGGCUAAUUACCAUAAUUUUUUUCGGUUUUAGUGAGAGGACAUGUAUUAUUAUUUUUUGUUUCUGGAUAUGGGGCUUUCUUGUGUUCAUCAUGGAUGUAAAAUUUUUGGCAGUUUGAUGAACUCGUGAAUGAAAUGAGGUGAAGACGAGAUGUCUUUCAGUUUGAUGA